ACCGGUUUUCCCCGGUUCAUUCUAAUGGAACUCCCUCAACGCUCGGGAAAUCAAGAAUGACGCUUGAAAAAACCUCUAGUUUUGACUGGCAUUGAACCUUCAUAUAAAUAUAGCAAGCAGACAAUAUACAAGGAAUUUAGUUCAUCAUCAAGAAUGUCGCAACGAAUUAACGAUGUUGUGCGGCUGUGUUGCGAGUUAUCUGCAAACCAACAGAUAAAGACCACAGUGAAGGGAUCUUCCAAAGGGGCGGUGGCAGCAGGAGGACUAGCCUUUGCAGGAGGACUGGUUGGAGGCCCCCUUGGCAUCGCUGUGGGGGGUGCGGUCGGUGGCCUACUGGGAUGCUGGAUGACCAGUGGACAGUUCAAGCCGCUGCCUCAGAUCAUCAUGGAGCUGACCCCGGUGCAGCAGCAGAAGCUCUACGAUGAUGUCAUGGCCAUCAUGGGCGAGGUCCAGUGGACCGACAUGGCCCAGCUGACAGCCCUGGUCAUGGGCAAUGCCACCCUACAGCAGCAGGUGACCGCUGCCCUCCUGGGCUAUGUGACCAAAGAGCUCCAGGCAGAGGUGCACUAUGUCGACUGACAAGGCCUCUAUCAGAGAGCACAUCUCUUUAGGGUUUUCAAAGGAAAAUGGAAACGAUGACAUUUUGCACAAUGUCAAAGGACAAUUUAAAAAUGAAGGACAAUAAAUUAUUUAUUAAAAGUGGGGCUGUACACUCAAGGAUGAAAACCUCAAUGGUCUGUGAGAAGGGAAGGAGCCACUGAUUGAAAGUGCAUGAAAUGAGUUGUGGCUAAUUAUUUCAAGGGUUUGUGUGACUAUGUAUUGACUACCUGAGCUAGAAAUUGUGUGAAAAGAAAUACAACCUUUUAAUGCUUUCAAUUCUGUACUCCUGGAUGUCACUUAUAUACAUCUGUGAAAGCUGGCAGUUAUCAAGUAUGUUGUUUCUCAUAGACUGGUGUGCUCUGCAAGUUUAACCAGCGAGAAUAUAGGUGCCUAAUUUAGACCGCCUAACACUUCUUGAGGGUUUGGUCAAUCAUACUCAGACCGCAGUCUUUUUAUGCAUUCGGUGCCAAAGAUCAAAAUAAUUUAAAUGAGUAAAAUGUUGACAAACUGACAUUCACAUGCUGAUACACCGGGAUUCACACCCAUCUGAAAUGUGUUGAUGAUUGUAAUAUUAUCAAUGAUUAUAGAGCAGGGGUGGGCAACAUACGGAUCCGGCCCGCGAGGCUAUUCAAUCUGACACGGGGGAGGUUUGAGUAAAAAUGAUAUACUGAACAAAAAUAUAAAACGCAACAGUUCAUAUGAGGAAAUCGGUCAAUUGAAAUAAAUUCAUUAGGCCCUAAUCUAUGGAUUUUUUAACAUUUUAAAUGACACUUCUCCAGAACGACUUACAGUAGUGAGUGCAUACAUUUUCGUACUGGCUCCCCGUGGGAAACAAACCCACAACCCUGGCGUUGCAAGUACCAUGCUCUACCAACUGAGUCACAAGGGACACAUGACUGGGAAUACAGACAUGCAUCUGUUGCUCACAGAUACCAAAAAAGAAAUGGGCCUCACAAUUGUCCUUAGGAUCUCGUCACGGUGCAUUCAAAUUGCCACUGAUAAAAUGCAAUUGUGUUCGCUGUCUGUAGCUUACGCCUGGCAAUACGAUAACCCCACCGCCACUAUGGGGCACUCUGUUUACAACGUUGACAUCAGUAAAUUGCUCGCCCACAUGACGCCAUACACGUGGUCUGCGGUUGUGAGGCCAGUUGGACGUAAUGGAGGACAUUCCUGCAGUCAGUAUGGCAAUUGCACGCUACGUCAAAACUUGAGACACUUUUUACAGUGGCCUUUUAUUGUGCUCACUAACAGGGAUGUAAACCAAUUUUGCACAACAUUUGAGAAAUUAAGGUUUUAAAGCAUAGGACAAUUUUCUGGGAUAUUUUAUUUCAGCCAUGAAACAUGGGACCAGCACUUUACAUGUUGCAUUUAUAUUGUUGUUCAGUGUAAAGUAUAUACACAUUUU